AUGGCGCCACAUCCUAAUCCCCCAGGCACCCAGCUUGCUCUGCAUCCUAAUCCCCCAGGCACUCAGCCUGCUCUAUGGCGCCACAUCCUAAUCCCCCAGGCACCCAGCCUGCUCUGCAUCCUAAUGCCCCAGGCACCCAGCAUCCUAAAGCCCCAGGCACCCAGCCUGCCCUGCAUCCUAAUGCCCCAGGCACCCAGCCUGCCCUGCAUCCUAAUGCCCCAGGCACCCAGCCUGCUCUGCAUCCUAAUGCCCCAGGCACCCAGCCUGCUCUGCAUCCUAAUGCCCCCAGGCACUCAGCCUGCUCUAUGGCGCCACAUCCUAAUCCCCCCAGGCACCCAGCCUGCUCUGCACCCUAAUGCCCCAGGAACCCAGCCUGCUCUGCAUCCUAAUGCCCCAGGCACCCAGCCUGCUCUGCAUCCUAAUGCCCCAGGCACCCAGCCUGCUCUGCAUCCUAAUGCCCCAGGCACCCAGCCUGCUCUGCACCCUAAUGCCCCAGGCACCCAGCCUGCUCUGCACCCUAAUGCCCCAGGAACCCAGCCUGCUCUGCAUCCUAAUGCCCCAGACACCCAGCCUGCUCUGCAUCCUAAUGCCCCAGGCACCCAGCAUCCUAAUGCCCCAGGCACCCAGCCUGCUCUGCAUCCUAAUGCCCCAGGCACCCAGCAUCCUAAAGCCCCAGGCACCCAGCCUGCUCUGCAUCCUAAUGCCCCAGGCACCCAGCCUGCUCUGCAUCCUAAUGCCCCAGACACCCAGCCUGCUCUGCAUCCUAAUGCCCCAGGCACCCAGCAUCCUAAUGCCCCAGGCACCCAGCCUGCUCUGCAUCCUAAUGCCCCAGGCACCCAGCAUCCUAAUGCCCCAGGCACCCAGCCUGCCCUGCAUCCUAAUGCCCCAGGCACCCAGCCUGCCCUGCAUCCUAAUGCCCCAGGCACUCAGCCUACCCUGCAUCCUAAUGCCCCAGGCACACAGCCUACCCUGCAUCCUAAUCCCCCAGGCACCCAGCCUGCUCUGCAUCCUAAUCCCCCAGGCACCCAGCCUGCCCUGCAUCCUAAUGCCCCAGGCACCCAGCCUGCCCUGCAUCCUAAUGCCCCAGGCACUCAGCCUACCCUGCAUCCUAAUGCCCCAGGCACCCAGCCUACCCUGCAUCCUAAUCCCCCAGGCACCCAGCCUGCUCUGCAUCCUAAUCCCCCAGGCACCCAGCCUGCUCUGCAUCCUAAUCCCCCAGGCACUCAGCCUGCUCUGAAUCCUAUUCCCCCAGGCACCCAGCCUGCUCUGCAUCUUAAUCCCCCAGGCACCCAGCCUGCUCUGCAUCCUAAUCCCCCAGGCACUCAGCCUGCUCUAAAUCCUAAUCCCCCAGGAACCCAGCCUGCUCUAAAUCCUAAUCCCCCAGGAACCCAGCCUGCUCUAAAUCCUAAUCCCCCAGGCACCCAGCCUGCUCUAAAUCCUAAUGCCCCAGGCACCCAGCCUGCUCUAAAUCCUAAUCCCCCAGGCACUCAGCCUGCUCUGCAUCCUAAUCCCCCAGGCACCCAGCUUGCUCUGCAUCCUAAUCCCCCAGGCACCCAGCUUGCUCUGCAUCCUAAUCCCCCAGGCACUCAGCCUGCUCUAUGGCGCCACAUCCUAAUCCCCCAGGCACCCAGCUUGCUCUGCAUCCUAAUCCCCCAGGCACUCAGCCUGCUCUAUGGCGCCACAUCCUAA